UACGUUUCACUGACUUCGAUAUGCUUCAAGGUUUUUGUCCGGUAGAUGUUGUUAUAAAACCCCAAUAAUAGCGAUAAAUGUUGAAAUUUUAGAUUACUUUCGGACAGUGCACUUAUAUUUGGAUUUUAUUUAAUAUGAGAUUUGAAAUGCUCAGUAAAUUUUUUGGACACAGGAUCCGGUGUUUCAGCGUAAUUAUUUUGUGCAUUUUGGUCUCGGCAUGCACGGGCUACCCGUACUUCAAGGAAAGCAUUCCAAAUGGCAAUAAAGUGCCACACCCGUGUAUCAAGGGACUCUACUGGGAAGGUGUCGGCCACGAGAAUUAUAAAGGGUCUGGAAUACGGAACAGUUUUGGACUGGACUUUGAGAAAAACAGCAAGGUAUGGAACACUGAACUCUGCAACAAGGAUUCAGACGGUGACGGGUUAACUAAUGGACAGGAAUUAGGUGACCCAGAUUGCACGUGGACCCCAGGCACGCAACCGAAAACUACAGAAAACUUGUCACAUCCAGGGAUAUGUGAGCCGUUUGAUAGUCCACUUUGCGGCGGAAAACCUUCAUUUGUGAACUGUGAAGAUACUGGGCGGCUGGAGUGCGACUCUAUAAAAGAGCCAGACACUUUUAACAUUACGGUUCGAUUCCCGGAAACGGAAGUGCCAAACAAAGAGACCACGUACAUGUGUAUUACGUUUGAGCUGCCCAUGGACAAGGAGUACCAUCUAGUUGCAACGGAGCCCGUGAUAGACAACGCCGACAUCAUGCAUCAUACAUUAGUGUAUGGGUGCGAGGGAGUUAAUGAGGCCCCAAGGGAACUUAUGACGCCGGUGGAAUGUGGCGGAACAAUGGAUGGUUGUCGGGAACUUAUUGCUGUAUGGUCCAUUGGCGGUAUAGGGACUUGCCAAAACCAAAACGCUGGGUAUCUUGUAGGGGCAAAUAAAGGGCUCAAAUAUGCCGUGAUGCAGCAUCAUUGGAACAACCCUCAAAAAGUAUCCAACUAUAAAGACAGUUCUGGCAUGACCUUACACUUGACCCCGAAGCUCCGCCCCCACAACGCCGGCUUCCUAAUGACUGGUCAGUUCCACCUUGAAAUCCCCCCUGGAGAGUCGCAGUACGUAGCUUCCGGUUCCUGUGGCGGAAGUUGUCUGUCGCAAAUGAUGAAUGGUACCAUAUACGUCACAAAAGUUAUCAAUCACAUGCACCUUCUUGGUGCAGCACAGUUUACAGAGCUACGAAGAAACAAUUCGUUUGUGAUGCAUCUUGCCGAGGACAAGGUUUAUGACUACAACACGCCUGUUUCUCAUGAUCAUAAGGAUCCGGUGAUGAUACAAAAGGGCGAUGAGCUGAAAACCACGUGUGUUUUUUCGUCUGAAACAAAGUCACAAGUAACUAGAUUUGGAGAAGCAACCUCAGACGAGAUGUGUCUUGCAUUCUUUACCUACUACCCAAAAGAGAAUUUCCAGUCUGGCCAAUGUGUGUCCUGGAAAAGUUUAAGCCAUUGUGAAACGAGACAAGAUGUGAUCCGUGGAUGUAACAGACGUAAAAUAUUGAACCUUGCGGAUCCUGAUACAGUGAACAUUACCAUGACGGUGAAUGCACUUUGUGUGCCAGAAGAAUGCCGAAUAGAGUGUUUGAACUAUGUAAGAGAACUUAAGCAGCAGCCGUGUUUCUCCGGAGACGUCGGUGACUUCAUGAGAAGCGUUAUGAGAAGAACGGCAAGAGGUCAACUAGACCUUUCCCCGUUGUUCGCCCGGCUGGAUUCGUGCGACCGUGAACUUUUGAAGGAGACUUUGGAUGAGGACAUCAACGCUGGUAGGACUGCCACGCCCCUUUUCACUACAGUAUUGCUGGCAAUACUGUGUCUAUUGCGAAUGUUUUGGCACUGAUAUUUAUGUUGUAUUCUUAAUAUUUGCCAAGUGAUAACGAUCGUCGAAACUUCUGCUUAUAACUGUACAUUUAACGUAUAAGUAUAAUCAAAUUUCUGAUAGAGUCAUAAACCUGUUUUGAUGUACCUUUAAAGGAAAAAACAGGAAGCGGUCAAUAUAGCAUUUAAUAAAAUAUUUGUAUAGAACAACUGCUUAGAUACUUAAACUCUUAAACAACUAGACAGAGGUCAGAGACCAAGUUUUGCUGAUGUGUUUAUAUGAUAAUUACACGUACAGGUUACAUGCUUCAAAGUAAAUAUAAAUGUUUAAGAUUUAUGACUUGUGUACUUAGUAAUAUAGAUAAUAUAUUCUUUUACAAUUGACUGGUAUUCUUGGAUUAAAAAAAAAACACGCAUAAAUAUUCAAGUUAACUUCAUGCAAAUGUAUAUUUUUAAGUUAAUAAAAUUGGAAUGAC